AACUAACAAGGGCUAAAAGGAAACUUUUGACCUCUUAUUUUAUAGCUACUUACUACGAUUUUUCUUUACGUUCGGUUGCCUAUUUCCCGUGUAUAAAUGCAGCCAUCGAAUAGCAGUAGGCUACUACUUAAAACCUCUACGUUUCAUUAUUAAACGGUAAAUGCAUUUUGACUAGUUCACAGCAGUGACGUUCCUGGAACGGGUUUGCAAAUGGAGCUACACAAGGACAGGCUGACAAGCAGUGGAAUCGGACACAUUUACACGCAGCCUCCGCCAUUCUUUGUCGAGAGUCGCAAGGGGUUGCCUCUCCCCCCUGUCCUCCAGGGCUUGCCCCUGGUCUCAGAUGCGAAGCGCUUCUCUGUCACUUCGCGCACUGAUUAUGACAGCAAGCCUCUUACAGGGCCACUGGCCACCACACGGUACCCACGGGCUCCACCACACUGGAACAUACAUUACAUAAAUGAGCUGGCCCAAAAGCUAAGGAACUGUGAAUCGGUCCGUUUGCUCUCUCGGCCAGUGAGUGAAAUGCAGGACAGCUUCAAAGGUCUGGCAGCUCAAGAGGGCCCCCAACUGGACAACUAUAACACACUCAGGACAAUUCAUGGACAGCUGAAUCAUGUACCAAGUUUAAGGAUUCCAUUCGUCAGCACUUCUCAUGAAGACUACAGACCCUAUAGCAGGUCUGAGAUCACCCCCCCCAGCCUGGAUGCCCUUCCCUCCCGCCUCGGCCUAUUAAAGAGCUCCGCCCACAGCCACCUGCCGCCCCACAAGGCCUCUCCCAGGGUGUCCUGUGGGCCGCGUUUGCCCCCCCCUGUUGUGACACUGCCCUAUGCGGGGAAGUGCAGUGUGUACCGCAGCUCUUUUACUGUGCCUGCCCCUCAGCCUGGCCCCACUGGGCCACAAUCGGAGGCCAUGGCAGGGUGCGAGAGUGCAGCAGUUCAGGCCAGGGAUGGAGCUGGGGGGGGCCAAAGAGGGCUCCUCAGGAGCAUCCUGGAGGUCCCCAAGAUGUACCUGGCAGAGAGCCAAACCUACGGAGGGAAAAAGAGGGUGCUGGUCUGA